AUGGUCAAUGAAGAACAGCUGCGGCAACAGGAACACAGAGGAAACGAGCAACAUGAACAGCAAGAGCAUGAGCAUGAGCAACAGCAAACAUUAUCUAGAGACAUACCAGCAGUGGCCGCUUUAAAGGCAGCUGUCUCAAAUGAUGAAUUAUCUCGCUCAACAGAAUCAGAUAGCGGCUUUGACAGUGCCAGUGGUAGUGGUACUGCUAGCAGUGGACGACAGAUUGCGAUUAAGCAGAGCAACGGCAACAACAGCAACAAAUUACCAACGAUAAGUAAAAUGACAAUUGAGGAAGAAAUCAAAAACCAAAUGACGGAAACCGAACAAACGAAUGAUGGCAGCAAACACACGACCAUAAUGAUCGCCGCUGAACCAUGCACAACAAUAGCGAAAAUAAAUGAAUUGACUUUAUCAACAGACAAUUCAGAAACUCUAGAUAUAUCUACAGCAAAAGCAUCAUCAUCAUCAUCGUCAUCACCACCUAUACCGCACCAACUACCAUUAGUAACAACAACAUCAUCAUUAUCAACCAUGACAAACUCAACGUCUUUGCCGCCUAGUUCAACAUUAAAACGUCUACAUAGACAAUUGCAGGGAAAAUCAGUAGCGGAAGCCGCCACUGAUGAUGUAAAUAUGUGGGCAAACAAAUUCCUACGAGAUUUAGACAACUUAAUGGCAUCAGAUAAACCAAUAACAUCUUCAUCAGCCUCCUCAUCGCCGACUUCAUCAGCAACAUCGCCAAUGCUAUUGUCCGCUGCAGCAACAGCUGUCAUUCAAAGUCGUUAUGGCAAAGCAGCCCAUGACCGUAGUACCUUUUUUGCAUAUGAACCUAUACAAGAAACAACAGCAACGCAUCUACAGCAAUAA